AUCCCCUCUGGGCCCCCGCUUCUCUCACUCUGGAACUCGAGCCCUGCAGGUCGCAAAAAGUCGCCGGAAAAUCUGUUGUCCAUAUCCGCCGGAAAACGUCAGAUCCAACUGCUAAACGACGGAAAUCUCAGGUAGUGAGGUUUUGAUGAAUGGGGCUCCUGCAUCAAGCAACAUUCGUGCAGCCUUCUCCUAUUGUGUCCAACAGGUGCGAAGUUAUGACUACCACCACUACCUAUGCCUCCUCAACCUCCCUCCCCCUCUUCGCAAGCCUGCAUUUGCUCUUCGAGCCUUCAAUAUUGAGACUUCGAGGACCAUGGAUGUGGUCUCAGACCCCAAGCUAGGCCUUAUGCGCCUCCUAUGGUGGCAAGAAGCCAUAGACAAAAUCUACGCUCACAAAACUAUUGACCAUCCAAUGGCCAUAGCCCUCUCCUCAAUUGUUUCCCACAAUAAACUUAGUAAAGCAUGGCUCAAAAGAUCAGUUGAAGCCCGAAUCUCCGAUGCCAAUCAAGAAGGAAUUUCAAAAAUAGAGGAGCUAGAGAGAUAUUCUGAGGAUACUGUUUCUACUCUUCUCUAUCUGACCCUUCAAGCUGGUGGGAUCAAAUCUUCGGUAGCCGAUCAUGCAGCAUCUCAUAUAGGGAAGGCGAAUGGGCUUCUCCUCUUGUUAAAGUCUAUCCCUUACCAUGCAUCUCGAGGUGGGGUUGUGCAUGUACCAUUAGAGGUAGCCUCUAAGCAUGGCUUACUAUUACAGAGAGGGAGGUUAAAGCCAGAGCCUAGGGAGGAGCUCUCAAAUGCAGUCUUAGAGGUGGCUUCAGUUGCAAGUGCUCACCUUAACAAGGCUCAGGAACUUAUAUGUGGUGUGCCAAAGGAAGCAGUGCCGGUGCUCUUACCUGGCGUGGCUGCACAAGUACUCUUAGACUCACUCGAACGGGUGAGAUUUAAUGUAUUUGAUCCCAGAUUGAAUCAUGGGAUUCUUGGUGUUUCGCCCUUUUGGUUUCAACUGAAGCUAAAGUGGUAUGCAUGGAGAGGGAAGUACUAGGAUUUUAAUAGUGUAUCAGUGUGGGCUAUCAGAUGUAGUUGGAGCAAAAAGGUUACUAUCAACCCAGCUGUCGGAUGUGAAUUCAGGCAGCUGUGGGUAUAUCCCAUCUCCACAUAGUCUAUGAAAUUUUUUGUCAAACUUUGAGCUAGGUUAAUGGAAAAUCUGCACAACCAUCCAAUUUCACAUCCGAUCAAUUUCACAUCCGAUGGUUAUGGGUGAUUAUAUCCUAUUUGUUGCAUCAAAGGUAAACAAUCUCAUUGUUUUGUUUCAAUCUCUUCUCUAUCAACAAAUGUAUAUUGCGGCAUGUACGAUCCAAUGAGUGAAGGAAUUAUAGCAUGAUAGGACUCCAUGAACAAGAGGAAGUGGCUUAAGGAAUUUAUUAUAUAGAGCUUUUGGUAUCU